AUAAAAUUAGUAGGAAGACAUCCACCAGUACUCAAAAGUUAUCCAUCAUUUCAGGUGAUUUCGUUGAUAUGUCUCUGCAUAGCCAUAGCCCUAUCGAUCGUGUCGCUUAGCUCUACAUGGUGGUUACGAUCAGGCUCAUUCCGUACGGGCCUAUUCCUGGAGUGCACAUCAUCAAGUGAACCUUCUCAUGCGGCUCCUCUACGAGAAGCACCACUACCAGGGAAAUGCCAUGCUCCAGCCAGAGACAGUGGCUACAUCAAAGCGGUUGCGGCUUUGAUGAUCAUCGCUUUGAUAUUUACGGGAGUCGCUUUCUUCUUGAAUAUCUGCGGUCUAAGCAAAUCGGAUAUUCGACGAAAAUACAUCUUCUACAAAUUCGCCACCUACUUGAUAUUUGUCUUUUCAGUUUUGUUGGAACUGACGGCACUCAUUGUGUUCCCGGCUUGCUUCUACGUAAAGAUGAAGGAAUACGGCUCAAGGAGGGACUGGGAGGUUGACUGGUCCUACGGACUCGCCUGGGGAGCCACACUAUUCACAUUUGGAGCCUCGUUGUUACUGAUUUGUGAUAAGGAACAUGAGGAGGUGUACUACAAGGAGAAGACGAUCUACAAUCCUCCUCCGGAGCUGAUGAACUGA